AUGAACUUUGUGUACGUACUUAGUGGAUGGGAAGGAUCCGCUUCGGAUUCAAGAAUCCUUAGAGAUGCCAUUUCACGUCGUAAUAACCUCAAGAUACCAAUUGGAAAUUAUUAUUUAGUAGAUGCGGGUUAUACUAACUGCAAGGGAUUUCUAGCACCAUAUAGGCAUACUCGAUAUCACGUUCAAGAAUGGGCUCAUGGUAGAAAUGCUCCUAGGAAUUUUCGAGAAUAUUUUAACAAGAAUCACUCUUCGGCUAGAAACAUUAUUGAGCGCUGUUUUGGUUUAUUGAAGAAGAGAUGGGCAAUUUUGAGGAGUCCUUGUUUCUACAAAAUUAAGACACAAAAUAAAAUAAUUAUUGCUUGUUGUCUACUGCAAAACUUUAUUCGGUUUAAUAUGGAAUUCGACCCUGAAGAGGACACACUUCUAGAAGAGGAGCAAAUGCUUAUUGGAGAUGAUCAUGGUGGUAAUGAAGAUGGCGAUAAUGACAUGAUUGAGAGCAUAGAGGGCAGCAACGAUUGA